AUGGUUUCAAGGUUACGAAGGAUUAACAACAAGGUUUUGGGCUAUAAGGAUAGCCUUCAAGAAUAUAUUCGUAGUGAUGAUGGGGAGGAGGGUGAUUCUGUUCCAGAGUAUCCUAUGGAUUCUGAGGAACAAGAAGAGUUGAUUCAGAACUUUGCGCUGAACAACUACUCAAGAAACCAGCAGUAUGUUAAUGCAGUAUCUGUUUGCUGUGUAAUUUGUUGUGGACUUUUUUUAAUAUUGGCAACUCGUCAACCCAAAGAUGUUGCUGUAUUGCUUAUAUUGGGAUUUCAAUCCAUGGUGUGCUCCUGCGUUACCUUAAGAUAUCAUUUUCAACACGAAUAUAAUAUACCUAAGUUUAUUAAGUUUCGCAUAACCAACAGGAGAAUCACAUAUAUAAAUUGGAUUCUACUAAUAUUAAUCUUUUGGUUAAGUGUGGCAGAACAUGGCACGGAAUAUUAUUUAAUGUUCUUCUUUCAACUACCCCUGGUAUUUUUUAUCGUGUCAACGCUUAUGAAGAAGUGGAUUCUUGACAUGGAAAAUGAAGUGUCUCAAUUGCAUAAUAUGAAGUAUAAGUAUAAGAAUGUUUAG